CUUUUAUAUUCACAUUUUAAUUUUAAUUAUCCAUUUGUAUUACUAAAUUGGUGUUAUUAUAUUUAAAAAUUGGUGUUAUUAUUUAAAAAAAUAAAUCAUUCUAUAGUAUAGAAUUAGUCAAGUUAGUGAUUUUUAUCUUUAGUUUUUAGUAUAUUUAUCAAUAGAUUAUAUAGUAUAAUGGUUAAGUGGAAUGAUGUAUGGUUGGAAAAGUUAGACCAAAAUCUAGUGAAAAUCCAAUUAUGGGCUGAAAAAAGAAACUCUAAAUAUGCUAUCUGUAAACUAUGCAAAAGUGAUUUAAAAUUCAGUUCAGUUGGUUUCCAAGCACUAUAUCAGCAUUCUUCAAAACCUAAACAUAAGUCAGUGUCUGAUCUAAGAUUUUCAAAAACUGCACAUCAUUUAUAUGUAGAUUCUAUCAAAAACUCUAUUGGGGGAGAAAAAGUUAUACAAUUUGAGUUCUCUAUUAAUGAAAAAAUUUCUGCUGCAGAAGUCAUGUGGUUUUUUAAAGUGGCAGAGAAUGAUCUUGCCUUAAGACAUUGUGACAACACACCAAUAUUGUUCCAAAGAAUGUUUCCAGAUAGUAAAAUAAGUCAAGGUUUUACUAUGAGUCAGCAAAAAGCUUCAUAUAUUUUGCAAGAUGGUCUUGGGCCAUUGUUGGAAAAGCGUUUAUGUAAUAGUAUCCCGUUAAGUCAAGGUGCAUUCACUUUAAUGUUUGAUGAAACAACUACUUUACAACAAAGUAAACAAAUGGAUCUUUUAUGUCGUUUAUGGUCAGAAGACGAAAACCAAGUUGUUACAAAAUAUUUAACAUCGCUGUUCUUUGGCAGAGCAACAGCAGAAGAUGUCAAAACUAUGCUAGCAAUCCCAUGGUAAAUUUUAAAAUUUACCAUGGGAUUGUCUUUUUAAUAUUUCAGCAGAUGGUCCUAAUAUUAACAAAGCCAUUUGGAGAUUGUUAAAUUUUUAUCUCCAUAGCAAUGGUUUUAAUGGCUUGUUACCAUUUGUAAGUUGCACUUUGCACACAGUGCAUAAUGCUUUUCGAAAAGCAAUUAAUGUUGUCGGUGAGGAUGCUGAGCAGCUUGCAUUUGAUUUACAUACCUGGUUCAAGAAUGCACCCUGUAAAAUAGAAGAUUUUAAAAAAUUAUCAGAUUGCAUUUUUAUUGACGAUGAAACAUUGUUUCUUCGUUUUAUCAAUACUAGAUGGCUUACUCUUUCUUCCUCACUUAUAAAGGUUCUAUUAAGGUGGGAAGACACCGAAAAAUAUUUUUUGGAAUAUGUUCCAAAACAAAAGGAAUAUAAAAGACACUGACAAACAACAAGCGUUAUAUUUAUUAAGAGUAGACCAUUAUUGGGCUAAAGUUUUUGAUAGUAACAAUGAAUAUGGAAAAACAAAGUAUGGGUAUCUCAGUAAAGUUGUUAAGAGCUGUUUAACAAUUCAGAAUGGAAAUGCCAGUGCUGAGAGAUCUGAUUACAAAAAUACAUUGACUCCUGGGAGAGUAAAUCUAAAUGAUGAAACAUUAAUGGUUUUGAGAAUAUCAAAAGAAUAUGCAAGAAGUUGCAGAGGAGCAUAUAAUGUUGAUGCACUCUC